GGCGCCGCUGCCAUGUUGGGUCUGAAGCGGCUGCUGUAGGCGCCGACGGGGCGAGCGGGCGUGCGGAGCGGGCGACAGCGGCGUGGGAUCUGCCUCUCUGCGAGCAGCUGGGAGCGGCGGCGGCGGCGCCAUGAGCGGGGGCACCCCUUACAUCUGCAGCAAGAUCAGCCUCAUCUCCAAGGCGGAGAUCCGCUACAAGGGCAUCCUCUACACCAUCGACACCGAAAACUCCACCGUAGUCCUUGCCAAAGUUCGAUCCUUUGGUACAGAAGACAGACCAACAGAUCGUCCAAUACCACCUCGAGAUGAAGUCUUUGAAUACAUUAUAUUCCGUGGGAGUGACAUUAAAGACCUUACUGUUUGUGAGCCACCAAAACCACAGUGUUCUUUGCCUCAAGACCCAGCUAUUGUUCAGUCCUCACUAGGCUCAUCGACUUCUUCAUUCCAGUCCAUGGGUUCUUAUGGGCCUUUGGGCAGGAUGCCCACAUACAGUCAGUUCAGUCCAAGUUCCUUAGUUGGGCAGCAGUUUGGUGCUGUUGGUGUUGCUGGAAGCUCUUUGACAUCUUUUGGAACAGAAACAUCAAACCGUGUUACCUUACCCCAAAGUAGUGCGAUUGGUUCUGCCUUUACACAGGAUACAAGAUCUCUAAAAACACAGUUAUCUCAAGCUCUAGGUGCUCCUUCAGCUCCAAGGAGAGGACGUGGGGGUCAUCGGGGUGGCAGGGGAAGGUUUGGUAUUCGGCGAGAUGGGCCAGUGAAAUUUGAGAAAGACUUUGACUUUGAAAGUGCAAAUGCACAAUUCCACAGGGAAGAGAUUGACAGAGAGUUUCAUAAUAAACUUAAAUUAAAAGAAGAUAAACUUGAGAAACAGGAGAAGCCUGUAAAUGGUGAAGAUAAAGGAGACUCAGGAGUUGAUACCCAAAACAGUGAAGGAAAUGCUGAUGAAGAAGAUCCACUUGGAGCUAAUUGCUAUUAUGACAAAACUAAAUCCUUCUUUGAUAAUAUUUCUUGUGAUGACAAUAGAGAACGGAGACCAACCUGGGCUGAAGAAAGAAGAUUAAAUGCUGAAACAUUUGGAAUCCCACUUCAUCCAAACCGUGGCCGUGGGGGAUACAGAGGCAGAGGAGGUCUUGGUUUCCGUGGUGGCAGAGGGUGUGGUGGUGGCAGAGGUGGUACCUUCACUGCCCCUCGAGGAUUUCGCGGUGGAUUCAGAGGAGGUCGUGGGGGCUGGGAGUUUGCAGAUUAUGAAUAUAGGAAAGACAACAAAGUUGCUGCAUAGUCUACAAACAAGUCUCUGAAAAUAGGUGAAUUUCUAGCUCUUCAUGGUCCUGAACAUUGAUUUCAGUCUUUGUGAAGAAUGAAGAAGUGAAUUCGCUGUACAUUUGUCACCAGCACUGGGUUUUUGUUUUUUGUUUGUUUUUCCGCUUAAUUUCAAAGAUAAAAUGCAGUUACUUUUGGGGGUGGAAGGCUCAUCUUAAAACAUGAGCAUUAAAUAUAUUUGGAAUAGCAGAA